AGAUAAUUCCUUUGUUUCAGAGAAUCUGCAUAAAACAAUCCAAUACACUAUGAGCUGGUACUCACAUCAGCUUCCCUGAGCAAAACUUCAUAAUCAACGACAAGAAACGCGAGCUCAGAGGAAAAAGGAGUAGCAGUUCUUUUCCGAUGAUAGGUAGAAGAAAUGGGAACCUUUCGCGGAACAAGAAUGGCAAAGCAUGUGAUUCUAGGAAUGCUUGCGUUGAGCUUCACAGGAGUUUCCAGCUCCGAAGCAGGACGAAUUUUAACAGGAUCGAACAUGACCUCAGUAGGGACGACAUAUAUGAAAGAAACCGUUAGAGCAGACCCUUUAAAUUUAUUGAAGAAAUACAGAGGAGGAUAUAACGUUACAAAUGACCAUUACUGGAGUUCAACGGCAUUUACAGGCAUACCCGGGUAUGCUGUUGCACUAAUAUGGCUCCUAUGCGGUCUAGGAUAUGGAAUUCUUCUUUUAGUAAGAACUGAUUGCUUCAAAACGAGCAGAAAGCGCAAGAACAAAUCAUCGUGUUAUGAGCAGUACCAUUUACAACCUAUUAUAUUGGCUAGUUUCUGUACGCUCCUUGCAGUAGCGGCCUCUGGCUUGGCUUUUGGAGGUAAUUCAAAGUCCCAUUCCAGAGCAAAGAUAGUGGUAGAAAUUCUUCUUGACACAGCAGAUGGCGCAUCUGACACAAUAUUCAAAAUAACUGGAGCCAUGAAGGAAAUAAGCCAGAAUUUGCAACAACAAAUGGAUGAAAAGAACAAGCAAUUAAUGAAUUCAACAACCAUCAAGCUCGAAACUCAGGGUUCUGCUAUAAAAACACAUGCUUCCAAGAACAGGGACUUAAUACAAAAGGGCCUGAAAACAUCAUACGCAAUGACAACAGUGACGAUAACACUUACACUACUUGUCGUAAUCUCUCUCUUAGCUCUUGGAGUUUCAAGCUUUCAGAGGCCCUUUCAAGUAUUAAUAGCAGUUAGCUGGAUGUUAACUUUCUUCUGUUGGUUGCUUUUUGGGAUAAGCUUCUUCCUACAAACCUUGAUGGGAGACACAUGCAGAGCACUUGAAGGCUUCCAGAGGAAUCCUUAUAACAACAGCUUGAGUCCCAUUCUACCCUGUGAACAGUUGAUUUCUGCAAAACCAAUGCUUAAUAAUGUUACUGCAGGGAUACACAACUUAGUGAAUAAGGUUAACGAAAAUAUAUCUAUAUCAUAUGGAGGAAUUAUUCAGAUUUGCAAUCCUUUCUCCCCAACACCUGCACAUGACUACCAGCCAUGGAACUGUCCAAACACAUCUGUGCGAAUAGGAGAUAUUCCUAAGGUUAUAAAACAGAUAGCCUGUCCUGAUACCCAGACCACAUGUAAUGGAGGAAUUCUGGUUCCUGCAGAUUACUACAACGCAAUAGGAGCAUACUGCACUUCUAUACAAAUUUUACUCGAUCAAUUUCCUAGCAUAGAAGGCCUUGUUGAGUGUCGGCCAGUCAAGGAUGCCUUGUCCGAAAUUCUUAACAAACAUUGCAAGCCACUAAGGAGAUACAUACGAUUGCUAUGGUCAGCAUUGUUGUUCCUGUCAGUGGUGCUAGUGAUCUUGGUUCCCAUUUGGACAAUCAAAGAACACCACGACCAAACUCAUCACUCAUCGGGUGGAUCAAUCAACCCUCAUAACGGUGGUACCAUAGAAAGUGGAGCAACAAAUCAUACAGGUGAUGACUCAGAAGAUGGUCCAGAACAAUAAGUAGAAAUCAAAGAAAACUAUAGGAGAUGCUAACAACCUAAUGACUGUACACAUAGAGAAACCCCUUGUAUGGCAAGUUGUAAAAAUUUCCCCUGCCGAUGAAAUAUAACUGUUUGGAUCAUGUGAAUGACAAUGUAUCGGAGAGAUAGAUAGAAAAUUUCACAGCAGCUAUAUAGGCACUAACACUCUGUAGCACAUAGUAGGACUUUUGACUUAUGUAGGAAUUUCAAUUAAAAUAGUUAAAUUAAUUUGUUCUCA